CGUUUCCAUAGAAACGAUGGCCGUUGCCAGGGAAGUGAGUGCUGUGUCAGUGUCAUGAUGAGCCAUUUUUACAUUUUAAAAGAUUAAACAUUGACGUUAAACAACCAUCAAAACUGUUUAGUUAGCCACAUUAUAGCAAGCUGACUGGCUAGCAACAUGGUAACACUAGCAAAAAUGCGGCCACAAAUACAACAGACCAACAACAAUACAGCCAUUAUAGGAAGGUGUCUUUCUCCCACGCUGGACGUCCGAUGGUCUAAAGACUUUACAAAAGAGAUAAACAUGGACACCAUGAAAAUGAUUCCACCAAGACAAGACAGCAGGCCUAAUGCACACAGUGGCCGUGGCAGGCCCUGUGCCAGCGUUUGUCAGUGAGUUUACGGGCCCUGAGCGUCCCCUCCUACCCCCAGCUGCUGCUCUACCCAGUGGGCUGACUGGGGACCCGGGGCCACAGCCACACAGAGUGAAGCCUAGGAGAGCAACCCACAGUGCAGGGGCCAUCUACUCCCACAGUACCUCACCCCUCACCCUGCCAACUGGACCAGGUGAUGCCAUAACAUUGAGUGAGAAUUCUCUCUCUGGUUUUCCAAUUGCCUUUUGUUCCUUUGAUGAUUGUGCUUUGAGUCCUGAGGGAAUAGAAUUGGACAGGCAUAAAAGAAACACCUGAAACUAGAUCCUCUACAUACUGGUCUUGAUGAGAAGAAGAAAAACUGUCGGGGGAAGUUCUCUUCUGCACUAUUCAAGCAAUCCAGUAAAUUUGGAGGAGGAGUUAAGAUGGCGUGUGGCUGGGCACGUUCAGCAGGAUUGAAUGUUUUAGAACAUUCAGAUAGAAAUAGGCUAUGUAGAUCAAACUUGCAUCUCUGAUAUGUAGAAUAAGGAAUCACAUCAGCUCUAUUCAUGGCAUUUCUAUCUGCAACGUUCGAGAACGUUUGGCAACUGAACAAGUCCUGUCACAGGCUCUCUUUCCAAUUCCCCUGAAAACCGGAUCAUCCGUUUGUUGGGGACUCGGCAGAGACUAGUCAACAAUAAACCAUAUCCAUAGCCUCAUCCACUUAGAAUAAUGAGAUAUCCUGAACCCUGCGUGCCAGUGUUGGCAGACAGUGUGGUAUCAAGUGGCAUGUACCUUCUUUACUGUGAGCCCUCUCUCCUCUGCAUCAUAACAAGAUAAUACAGGUUCAUCCUCUCACAGAGUGGUGUUGUUGACAAUGCUUUUGUGUUUUGAGUGUCAGGCGUUGUCUGGAGGAGUGUCCCCUGCUGGAGGGCAUGGGUAGGCUGCGGCUGCUUAACUUUCAGAACAACCUCAUCACGCACUUCCACAAUCUGUCUCAUCUGCGGCACCUGGCCUUCCUAGACCUGUAUGACAACCACAUCUCCCAGAUGUCUGGCAUCUCUCAGAGUGCUUAUGCUGGAAUCCAGAGGAUAUGCAGUCUGGAUAACCUUACUAAACUAGAUAUUCUGGACUUGCAUGGCAAUCAGAUCUCCCAGAUAGGGAACCUCUCCCACCUGUCUGAGCUGCGCGUGUUGAACUUGGCAGGGAACUGCAUCUCCAGGGUAGACAACCUGCAGGGCCUGGACUCACUGACCGAGAUCAACCUGAGACACAACUGCAUCUCCACUGUGGUGAGGGGUUAGGAGAGGUGGGGACUUUUUUAUUUAUUGCCGAGGCCAAUGGGGACAGCUAGUCUUACUUGGAAAAAUAAAUUGCAGACAAAAUACUUUACAAUUUACACUACUGUUCAAAAGUUUGGGGUCACUUAGAAAUAUCCUUGUUUUCCAUGAAAGCA